AUGAUCGACGGCGCUGCCUUCAAAGCAGAUGAACGAAAUCCGGAAAUUCUGGAUGAUUGGCCGCUUCAUCAGACCACCGCCGUGAAGACCCGACUCGUUGUUGGAGCAUGCUGGCACGGACGACAACAGGCGAUGGCACAACACUUCAAAGGAUCGCUUUCGGCUGUGUAUCUUCUCGUUGGAGAAACUGAAAGUCAAUCAGCCAUCGAGUGUGCGCAUCGCUGUCCUGAACAACUGCAGUACACGGGAAUGGAUGAAAUCAUCGAGGGACAGAGCGUCACCUUCGGUAUCGAACAGUCCAGCGUCACCGUGAAAGCAGCGAGUGAGGAGGAGAUCACUAAAAUGCUGCGCCGGAUCUCUUAUGUGAACACGCAAGAGAAACCGAUUCCUGGACAUCGACCAUGGAUUCUGACCACGACCGUCGAAUGUUCACAAGGAAAGCAGCUAACCCUACCUGCUGUCAAGGGAUACGUGUUUGUGGAACGCGAACCUGAGCCAGUGCUAUCUCUUUCGGGUUCCGUAACCCUGGAUGUUGAUCAGCAUUCUGUCAAAGUUGGUACACCAAUGAUCUCGGAUAUUCAAAUCACCGUCAGUCAAACCGGAGCCAACGGUGAAGUGAAGGAUGUGACAUCAAAGCACGUGCUCGAUUAUUGUAAGGUGCAUCUGAAGCCGUCACGAGACAUGGAUCUCGAGUACUUCUCAUCGCCAGCGUCACUCAUCGCCUCUCUUCAGAUCGAUUUCGAACACGAUAAAGAGGGCAUUCUGCUUCGUGGCGAGGAAAGCGUAAAAGGCUACCGUGAAGUCUUGUCGAAGAUUCACUACUUCAACACAAGACCGGACACCUACAGUAAACGUAUUUAUACUGUACAGUGCGCUAUGCUUAAAGGACGAGUGCACAGCAAUGAGCUGGUGAUUACGAUGACGAUCAGGCCGUCGACUUCCGAUGCGCCGGCAGCGUCCAUUUCGUCUACCGAGAAUUUCGACAGCUUGGAUAUGCUGGAGAGGCAUUUCGAGCCGUCCUUCGAUCAACUCGGCAGCAAUCGCCUCCAGAACAUUCUCGAAAUGGACCUGCCCCGACCGAAGGCACUGCUCUCACAUCACGGCUACGAAGUGGGACAAGGCGCUAUCGCAGGUGGUGCAGUGGCCGUUGUCGUGGUCAUUUGUGUCGGAUUUCUUCUUGUACUUCUCGUGAUUGGCGUGCUGAAAAUGAGAGACACACCUUUGCCGCGUCGACGAAAGAACAAACGACAGGAUGACGGUAUGGCAUGGGAUGACUCAGGAAUGAACAUCACAGUGAACCCACUGGACGAUGUGGAGAAAAACGUCGUCGAGGACGAGUUCAGUGAGGACGACGAAAGCACUGACGGAGAAGAAAGUGAUGGAUCGUUCCGGGAAGAGGAGGAGCUGUCCGAUGAGGAGGUUGAACCAGAAGUACUACCACAUCUGGACGGUCAACGCAACACACUGGAAUGGGACGACGACGCGGUCAUGGCCACAACAAAUACCCGCUCUUAUAGGGUAUGA